UAAAACUCCGCAAACGUCUGCGUUCCAAAACCAUUUCCGGACAAUGCGUUUCGCUGCGCUGUUCGUAAUCGGUGUCGCGUCGCCGAACUUUGAUGCGGGAAUGUUCGUUGUAGUUGGUGACAGAUAAUAAUGGAAUUACGGGACACGACACAGUGGCCAUUUUGGUACGCGGUGCCGGUCGGGUUUCCCCGAUAAUCGAUUUUCGAGAGAGAUCACGCUCGCGUCUCUAGAGUCGAUUGACCUUAUCACUGGCUCUAGAUUAGCGUCAAUCGUUCGGACGAGUGUUCCUGCCAGUGCCAGCGGGCCGCGUACGUGUGUCGGGCGUCGUCUGAAAAAUGACGAUCACCGUGGUCCAGGCGAAACUCGCCUCGAUGAUCGCCAUCGGGGUUGGCAGCUUUGUUGUCGGCAUCGCGCCGUUGUGCUUUGUUUCGCGUGUACGGGAAUUGCAGCAGAGGUUACUCCUCUCCUGCGUCCUCUGUUUCGGCGGCGGCGUGUUACUAGGCACCUGUAUACUGCACAUGCUGCCGGAAACACGGGAGUUGAUGUCUAACAAUUAUGCGGAGCUUGUGUUCGCCUGCGGGUUUCUUUUGCUGUACCUAAUCGAUGAGGCCAUACACUACUUCUGGGGCUACGACGUCGAGCAUCCCUCCGAGCUGCACCAGCACGAGAUUAAGAAUCGAAAUCCCGGUAACUCAAUCGAGUAUUGCCGACUUUAUUCGCCUCAAAUGAGUUAUUCCACACCCACGCAAUCUGCGAGAAAUGUUUACGCGUCCGAGGUUAAUCCGAAGAUGCUUUAUCAAUCGUACGUUUAUGGGAAUGGAACGAACAACAGCUGGAAAAAUAACAACUACGGAGCCGUGCAAUAUGUACCUAGUGCCCCUGACCCAUUUUAUAAUGAGGAGGAAACAUUUUUAUGUCACGGUAAUCAUUCCGAGCCGUGCAACAAUUCCAGCACUAAUCUCGUGGGGCUUUUGUUGGCGCUUACCAUACAUUCGACGCUGGAGGGACAAGCGAUCGGUUUGCAGAAGACGACAUCCGAGGUGUUACUGUUGGUUGGAGCUGUGGCCUCUCAUAAGUUUGUCGUCGGCUUUUGUUUAGGCUUGGAAUUAGCUGGUGCAAAUAGUUCACUUGUUAAAUUUGUACUAGCGAUAUUUACCUUCUCCGCCGGGUCUGCAGUUGGUAUUGGGUCUGGAAUGUUAAUGCUCCGGAUGAGUCACGAUUGGAUGAAAGUCUGUCUGCCAAUUCUGCAAGGAUUAGCCGGUGGAUCGUUGUUGUUCGUAACGGUCAGCGAAAUUCUUCCCAGGGAAAGGGCACGAUGGCAUAUGAGCUCGCGACGAUUUGCUGGAAUUUUGCAAUUCUUCUCUGUUGUCGUCGGUUUCGUCAUUAUAUUCGUGUUGAACAGUUACGUGGGCACGUGAAGUCUACGACACAAGUGAUAGAACAAAUCCUGUAAAAAAUAUGCCCCCAGAAAUCAAAAUGAUAGUGUCACACCAGCAGAACCAGGGGGGAAUAUAUAGGGGGUUUCUGAAAUAAAUUUCCUCGGGGAGCUAUUUUUGUUCAUGUAUAAAUAUAAAGUUGCGAGUACAUGUAACGUUAUUGGGAGUAUCGUGUCAGAACGAGAGGACGGUUGAAUGAAGGAAAAUAUGUAUUUUAAAGAUUCCAUGAAAAUAGAAUACCACGACGAAAUCGAUAAAACGUUUCAAUCCACUACCAUUCCCUUCCUCUGUAUUUUUGCAGGUUGUUCAUUGAUAUAUAGAAAAAACACGGUUGUAAAAGCGACGGUAUCGACGGUUUUAACAUGCUCAGUGGAUUUCAACAGAGAUAAUAUGCAAGGUGUUUUGUAAUUGGCGAUAUAAUUGGAAGAUAAGCGAUUUUACAUGAACAAAGAAGUCAAAAA